AUGCGUGCGGCCAUGACGGCUAUAAAGCACUCGCCGACGCUGCAGAGCUUGCGGAGCGACAGCUGGCGCAGCGAUGGCCGCGGCGACGUCUUCUCCGCCGAGCACUUUAAGCGCAAGAACCAGUUCAAGCGGCUGUUUCUGGCGUGCCUCGUGCGAUGGGUGAUGACGGUGCUGCUGGUUGUCGGGGCGUAUCUCGUGCUGUGGAGAUAUUCGGUCAAGGAGGCCAUGUUGAGCAACAAGAAGAAGGAGUUUAACACGUUGAUUAUUGCGAUUUCGAUUGCACUGGGUUUGAACAUUGCGAGUUCGAUGAAGCACAUGGUGGGGGAGUUGAGAUGGUGGGUGUUGAGCUGGUACGAGUGGACGCCGAGAGAGGCCGACUGUAUCCUACAGAGCGAAAACUUUAGCAGUCUCUUCACGCUGGGCUACGUGACACAUCCCGUUGCGACUCUCGGCUUAACUUACAACAUCAAUCCGGCGGACACGGUGGCCGUGACGAAACCCGGAACCGUCUCGGUGCCGGAUAUGAGCAACAUCCAGACAAAUAAAGUGCUUUCGACGAAUUCACAGGCCAUCAGCGCCCUGCGAUAUACAGCAAACAAUUAUGGCCUCGUUGCCCUUGCCUACGGAUACGGCGGAGACGACGAGAUCCCCAAACCCGGCACGCUCUUCGACACCGACGCCAAUCUCAUGUACUGCAACCAGAACUCGUGCCAGUACAUCUUCUACGAGGCGACCCCGGAUGACCUGUCAUACUACCAGAUGGUGGCGACGAAUCGAUCGAUUUCGACCCAGGCAACGUGCAAGGGGUGGAAGGUCCUCAAUGGAGGAGACGGGACCCGGCACACGAUUGUCAUUGGAGACGCGAACCGCACCGAGUUUACGAUUCCCGCCCUGAAUGGGGCAGCCCAGACGACUUUCAUGGUUGAUCCCGAUCGGGGCUCCGGGCCAGCGUGGGGGCACGUCUUGGCGUUUGAGGCAUCGCCGACGGAUCCGUGGUUCUACAACUGUAAUGUUACGGUGGGAGCGGUCACCAAUGUUGAGAAUCCGGCGCAAGAGGUUGGUGUGAAUGUCACGUCGCUCGCUGCCUCGGCCAUUGCUCUCCAGGGCUAUGGCGCCUCGACUUUUGGAGUCAGCACAAACAGCACCAGGCACUUUCAGUUCCAGAGUUAUCCGGCGGAGUCUUUUUACGGAGCAAUUCAGGGAGGCAAUGUGACUGGCAUGGGCCAGGUGAUGGCUGCCUUUGCCGUUGGAGUUGUUGCCGUUACGGCCCAGGUCAACACCAACCUGAAUGCCCCCGGACUGCUGCCGUUGAAGGGGAUUAGGCUGGACAUUACUCAGUGCCGCGGUGGCGAGCAGGGUGACGGUGAGGGAUCACAGCUGCGUUGGUUUGGCGGCGGCAUUGCAGCCGUUGCUGCGGAGGCUGGAUUGCGACGGAGGGACGAGGAUGGCGAGCGAGAAGAGGAUCUUUGA